AUGCACUCCCUGGCCAUUCCGUGCUUGCUCCUGGGGCUCUUUACCUGCGCUCUAACUGAACCGGUGAAGUAUGAGGACUGCGGCAACCCGGAGAUUGGAGUUCUAAAGGAAUUAUAUGUGACUCCUUGUCCUAAAGAGCCCUGCAUACUGAAAAAAGGACAGACCUACCUUGUCAAUGUUACUUUUGUCAGUAAUACGAAUUCUCAAAGCAGCAUAGCAGAGGCGAAUGGUAUUCCCUUGAACGUGUUAAUUCCCUUUUAUAUUCCUGAACCAGAUGGUUGUAAGAGUGGAAUUACCUGCCCCAUCAAAAAAGGCCAUACCUACAGCUACAUUAGUGAGCUACCAGUGAUGCGUGUAUACCCGUCUAUGUGGAUGGACAUGGAGUGGAAACUUCUUAAUGACGAAAACCAAGAUCUUUUCUGCUGGAUCAUACCAGUAAGGAUUAAAUCCUAG